AUGGAUAAGAAGAUAGUGCGCAAAGGGCCGCUGCCUGGGGGUCGCCGGGGCGCGUCUGGAGCUGGCGCUGGACGCGGCAGCAUGCGGGUCGCCAGCCGAGCGCUAGGAGCUGCACGGUCACCUAGCAGCCCUCCGCAUCCAUCAUCCCCACCAGAAGGCUUGGUGUCGGCUGGGUCUUCUCGGACUCAGCAAGCGGCACCCGCCGCUGGUGGAGCACGUCGCAUGCGUUGGUCACAAGCAAUGAAUGCAAACGCAUUGCGGGCGUACUUUAGGGCAAAAGGGGAAGAAACUGGAUGUUUGGCGUAUCGGGCUAGGAUGCAUCGUCUUUUUGCUGAGCUGGAGCCAUCUUUAACCGUCACAGAGCAAAACCUGGCAGACCGAGUUCGGUAUAUCUUGCGCUCAAAUAUAUUUGAUGUCGCCGAACUCGAACGGCUACGACGUGAGGCUGUUCCCUCGUCGGAUGAGAAUGCUACGGCUGAGGAUGCGGCGCCACAAAUGGUAGAGCAACCCGCAAACGUGGAUGCCGCCGUGAAUAACCCAGUUGUGGUUGAUUCAAACGAUGAUGGAACAGUCGCCCAGGAACUGGAAUUAGAGCAUAUGAGGAGUACAUUGGAAGAGGCGAUUGUGGAAACGCGCAGUACACCUCUCGAAAAUCGACCGCGACUUCCCCGCAUAGCCCUAAGCAAGCGGAAUCGGGCUGUCGUGAGGGCUCUGAACCCAAUGCUGGUGACCUAUUUGGAAGCCAGCCGGGACCUUUGCGAGACGGACUCAAUUCUUUUUGGCGCCGCGCUGGCAACCUGCCGUAUCAUAGGCGCCAAGGUUUACACGGCUGGACGCGCUACUGGCCAUAGUAGCGCUAUCCCAGCAUGGAGAAGAAGAAUUGAGGAACGUAUCGCAAAAGCUAGAGCUCUCAUCGGCAGACUGAUAUGCUUCAGAUCAGGCAACAACAGGCCAAGAAUUGUGCGCACCGUCAGGAUGGCGUUUGCUGGGACAAAUGUCAGUUUGUCCCAGCCGGAUAUAACGUAA